CUAGUCCCGGGUGCAGCAGGGCAUUAGUGGAGAUGGCGGCAGCGGCGGCGGCGACUCCUGGGGGCGGCGAGGUGGCUUUAAAGCCCCGCACGUCCCCCAAGUCGGUCAAGUUCUUGUUCGGGGGCCUGGCUGGGAUGGGGGCCACUGUUUUUGUGCAGCCUCUAGACUUGGUGAAGAACCGAAUGCAGCUGAGUGGGGAAGGGGCCAAGACCCGGGAAUACAAGACUAGCUUCCACGCCCUUACCAGUAUCCUGCGGACCGAAGGGCUUGGAGGCAUCUACACAGGGCUGUCCGCUGGGCUCCUACGCCAGGCAACCUACACAACAACUCGCCUUGGCAUUUACACUGUUCUCUUUGAGCGCCUGACUGGGGCAGAUGGGACACCCCCUGGCUUCUUACUGAAGGCCCUGAUUGGCAUGACAGCAGGUGCCACAGGAGCCUUUGUGGGGACACCUGCCGAAGUUGCCCUGAUCCGUAUGACAGCUGAUGGUCGGAUGCCAUUGGAUCAGCGCAGAGGCUACAAGAAUGUUUUUGAUGCACUCUUGAGGAUUGCCCGAGAAGAGGGGGUCCCCACCCUUUGGAGGGGUUGUAUCCCUACCAUGGCUAGAGCUGUUGUUGUCAAUGCUGCCCAGCUUGCUUCCUAUUCACAGUCUAAACAGUUUCUCUUGGAUUCAGGUCAUUUCUCUGACAACAUCUUCUGUCAUUUCUGUGCCAGCAUGAUCAGUGGGCUAGUCACCACAGCAGCCUCUAUGCCUGUGGACAUUGUUAAAACCAGGAUCCAGAAUAUGCGAAUGAUUGAUGGGAAGCCAGAGUAUAAGAAUGGAUUGGAUGUGCUGGUGAAGGUCAUUCGAUAUGAAGGAUUCUUCAGCCUCUGGAAGGGAUUCACCCCUUACUAUGCUCGGCUUGGCCCCCAUACUGUCCUCACCUUUAUCUUCCUGGAGCAGAUGAACAAAGCCUACAAGAAGCUCUUUCUCAGUGGUUGAGGAGCCUCAAGGGGGCCUGAGGACCAGGAGGACAUGGCUCCCAGGAAUGGAGAUCUGAGGGGUCCCACCACUCCACACUCCCAUGAGCUUCAAUCCUCCUGGCCCUUACCAUAGGUUCAUUUUCCAAAGGAGGCAUCUGGAUUCUGUCUCCCUCAGCCUCCCAUUCUAUUUAUUUCCCCCAGCAACUUCACUCUUCCUCCCACUCCCCCACCCCUAUUGUGGUUUUUCCUGAUAUAAAGGACUUUGAUUUGUCCUCUGCUCCAGCUUGGACUCUACUUCCCUUUUCCUGUGGCCUCUAGAUUCCCCCCAAAGAAUGUGGGACUUGUCUCCAUAACUCUUGGGACCUCCAUUCACCCCAGAAGCAUCCUGUGGAGGAGGGGGAGGAUAAGGAAGUCCUGGCAGAAGCAACAGCUUGGAUAGUUUUUUAAUUCCAUAGUACAGUUGAACGCUUAGAGAUUAUGUUCCUUGGCUGAUAAAUUGUUUCUGCUUGCUUUCCAAGCAGGGAAACUAAGUUAAUAGGAAAGAAAAGAGGAAGGAAGCAGAAGAGCUUUCUAGCCUAUGUAGCCAAGGAAGCCUCACAGUAAAGUAGAAUAAUUCUCAGUGCCCAUCCCCAGCAGAGGGACUAGUAAAUGCCUAGUAAGAGACAGGGUUGAAAUCUGGUAUCUGCUCAACUUCCACAUCGAUCAAGACCAGUGCCCCUCCACACUCCAUAUAUUCCUUCAUUUCUGCCAUUACAAGUGACAGUGUAAGGAAGCAAGAAGUAGGAAAAGAGAUGUGUUUUCCCCUACUAUGUGCUUGGGUACUCUAUCUUCCCUCAGCCUGACCACAGGGCCUAUUUUAAUUUGGUUCCUGGGGAACAGGUUGUCUAUGCCUUUUUUUUAAUCUUAAAAACAAUGGUAAAAAUAUAUGACAAUUUUAUGAAAACAUA